AUGCGUUCAAUGAAGGCGAAGCAUCGGCUCGUCCGCCCCCUCCCUCGCCUCCUUUCCUCGGCAGCUGGGAAGUCCAUCCCAGCCUCGAGCCAGAUCACCCCAAUCACCUCCCUUCUAAUUGCGAAUCGCGGUGAGAUCGCUUUGCGAAUUCACAAGACUGCAGACAAGCUCGGUAUCCGGACAACAACGCUGUAUACGGAUCCCGACAGCUCCAGCCAACACGCCGCAUGUUCCCCGCAUUCGCUCGCCCUAGGCGAGCCGAGGGCGUAUCUCGACGGAGAGCGCAUCAUUUCCUUGGCUAAGAAGCAUGGAAUUCAGGCGCUGCACCCCGGAUAUGGCUUCUUAUCCGAAAACUCAAAGUUUGCUGAGCGCUGCGAGCAGGAAGGCAUCGUUUUCGUCGGGCCUCCAGCACAGGCCAUGGCAGACAUGGGAGAUAAGGCGCGGAGCAAAGAGAUCAUGACCGCUGCUGGCGUACCGUGUGUACCCGGAUAUCACGGCUCGGAACAAGGCGAAGAGCAGCUUCUGCAGCAUGCCAAGAACAUCAAGUUUCCUGUGCUGCUGAAGAGUGUCAAAGGCGGUGGCGGAAAGGGUAUGCGCAUCGUCAUGACGGAGGACGAGUUCGCAGCCCAGCUACGCAGUGCUAGAGCCGAGGCUCGUGCGUCAUUUGGUGAGGGCGGAGAGGUUAUGCUCGUUGAGAAGUAUAUCGUCCGGCCGCGCCAUGUCGAGGUGCAGGUUUUUGCUGAUAAGCUGGGCAACUGUGUUGCAUUGGGAGAGCGCGACUGCAGUGUCCAGAGACGUCACCAGAAGAUCCUCGAAGAAUCACCAGCCCCUAACCUUGAUGACGAGACGCGUCUAGACCUUUGGGAGAAGGCAAGGAAAGCCGCGCUCGCAGUCAACUACGUUGGCGCCGGCACGGUCGAGUUCAUUCUGGACCGAGACACUGGCGAGUUCUACUUCAUGGAGAUGAACACCCGCCUGCAAGUUGAGCAUCCUGUUAGUGAGAUGGUCACUGGGACUGAUCUCGUGGAGUGGCAGUUCCGCGUCGCUGCUGGUGAGGAGUUGCCCUUGACGCAGCAAGAGAUCAUGGACAACAUCAAGCAAUAUGGCGCGGCCAUUGAGGCUCGCAUCUACGCCGAAAACCCUGAAAAGGGCUUCAUGCCCGACUCAGGUAAACUAAUUCACCUCACUACCCCCAAGACAAACGACGAUAUACGUAUCGAUGCCGGCUUUGUCCAAGGCGAUACUGUUUCGGAAGCUUAUGACGGAAUGAUUGCCAAGCUCAUCGUCCGGGGCAAGGACAGAGAAACUGCUAUCCGCAAGAUGGAGUUGGCCCUCCGGGACUACGAAGUAGUAGGCCUCAGCACCAACAUCGAGUUCCUCAAGCGGCUAUGUAGGUCGCCUGCCUUUAUUGAGGGCGAUGUUGAGACAGGUUUCAUCGAGAAGUGGAAGGAAGAACUGUUUAAGCCUCGGCCAAUCGAGAAUGAAGUUUUUGUACAAGCAGCCUUGGGCUCUCUAUCGGCCCAGCUUGUUCAUGAAGGACCUCAUGGCGGCAGCCUUGGUUUCGGCGAGGCUAGCACCCUGGGCGAACGAAAGUUCGCUUUCAAGGUGCUUGACUCUUAUAGCGAGCAAGAAGGAGAGGUGGUUGAGGUUAGCAUCACACAAACAGGGCAUCAACUGUUUACGACUCGAGUUUCGAGGAAGAGCCAAGAAUCGCCUGAGGUUUUCGAGAACCUUGUCAGCAAAACCCUGUCAAACACAUCGACAACAAGUGCUUUAACGACAUACUUCCCCUCGGAGCGAGUGAAGUCUACCGUUGUGCAGAAUGCCUUGAGCGAACAAGACACCAAAAUCAUCGUUUUCCAGCACGGCGUCAAGACUGAGCUUUCUCUUCUGCCGCCGACGUGGUUUGAGAAGGCACUCGGUCUGAAGGAAGUUACUGCCUCGGUAGUGGCCCCUAUGCCUUGCAAGAUUUUGAAGAACGAGGUUGAGGAGGGACAAGAGGUGGAGAAGGGAGCCCCUCUAGUAGUUAUCGAGUCCAUGAAGAUGGAGACAGUCAUUCGAUCGCCCCAGAGAGGCAUCAUUAAGCGAUUGGCGCACAAAGAGGGUGAUAUCUGCAAGGCUGGAACUGUGCUUGUAUUGUUCGAAGAAGAGGCUGCCAAAAAUGAGACAUCAUGA